GAUCAUUGUCCCCAUCCGACAAAGCCGGAGCGUUGGACUUUAACGCAGAGCGAGAUCGAUGUCUUAAAACUACGCAUUCAUAAUGGAAGUGUAAAAAACCACGAAUCCGUUCCGUUUAUCCAAGUAGUAAUUAUCGGUGUUUUUGAGGAAAUCGUUAAAGCUCCACAAUUUAUAAAUAUGAGCCAUCAGUCACGCUUCGAUGUGGAUCAAGGAGAGCUGGGCGAUUGUUGGUUACUUGCAGCUGUAGCCGAUUUGACACUUCAUGAUGAGCUCUUCUAUCGUGUCGUUCCACCAGAUCAAAGUUUCACUGAGAAUUAUGCGGGCAUAUUCCACUUCCAAUUCUGGCGUUACGGUCAAUGGGUUGACGUAGUGGUGGACGAUCGUUUACCAACAUCAGGCGGCAAAUUAGUGUACAUGAAUUCCAGAGAGAAUAACGAAUUCUGGAGUGCCCUAUUGGAAAAAAGUUACGCAAAAUUGUAUGGAUCGUAUGAGGCGUUGAAAGGUGGUUAUUCAUCAGAGGCGUUAGAGGAUAUGACUGGUGGAUUAACGGAGUUCUAUAAUUUGCAAAAGUCGCCUAAAAAUCUCAAGGAAAUGCUGCUUGGUUUUGAAAUGGGAUCGCUGUUCGGAUGUAGCAUCAAGGGUGAAGGAGAAUCGUCGAAUGGAUUGAUAAAAAGUCACGCAUACAGCAUCACUGGUAUCUGCGUCGUGAAGGAGCCCGCAGGCACCAAUAAAGAUAAUCUACUCUUACGUCUUCGUAAUCCAUGGGGUGAUAAACACGAAUGGAAUGGAGCCUGGUCAGAUCAAUCGCCUGAAUGGAAGAGUAUAUCGCAACAGGACAAAGAUAAGUUGGGACUGAAAAUCGAACAUGAUGGAGAAUUUUGGUUCGUUUUACGACUUAAUUAA